CAGACUUGGUACAAACCAGGCCCAUUAUUCACUUUGGUUUUCGCAACCAAAAACGUAUGCUGAAAAUCUGCAAGAAGAUCAAAAGAUAAGAGCUUUUAUAAAAAAUUAUGUACAAAAAAAUAGAAUCAAACCCUCGGGUACCGAGGGGAAUUGCAGGUAUAUGUAUUAAAAAAAGACUCGAUCUAAUCCAAGUCAUAAUCUAUAUUGGAUUUCCCAAAGUAUUCAUUGAAAAUAGCCCGCAGGGAGUUGAAGAAUUACAAAAAGCUCUACAAAAAAAAUUAAAUUUCGUAAACCGAAAACUUAAUAUUGCUAUCACAAAAAUUGAAAAACCGUAUGGAAAUCCUAAUAUUCUUGCCGAAUUUAUAGCUGGACAAUUAAAGAAUAGAGUUUCCUUUCGAAAAGCAAUGAAAAAAGCUAUUGAAUUAGCUGAACAAGCAGAUACAAAAGGAAUUCAAGUACAAAUUGCGGGACGCCUUGACGGAAAGGAAAUUGCACGUGUGGAAUGGAUAAGAGAAGGAAGAAUUCCCCGCCAAACUAUUCAAGCUAAAAUUGAUUAUUGUUGUUAUUCAGUUCGAACUAUCUACGGGGUUUUAGGCAUAAAAAUUUGGAUAUUUUUUUGAUCAAGCUCAAUAAAAUUUUAUUCAUUCUUUUUACCUGUAAUACCGAGCGGCCAUUUCACAAAUUAUUUUGUGUAAUGAGCAGGAACAGUUCUAAUUGAUAAUAAUGAAUUCUAUAAGGUUGAAUAAAAAUUUUAUUUAUUUUUAAUAAAAAUAUCAUUGCUAUGCUUAGUGUGCGACUCGUUUAUUUUUUAAGGUUAGCAUGAAACCAAACCCAAAGUAACAACUACUAACUCGAGAAGAAAUUACCUAAUAAUUAACUCAUCAAUUUCGCAUUAUCUGGAUCUAAAUAACCAGUCACGAUAUGAUUACCGCUCAUAUCGUUGUAGCAACUGCCAUUUAUUUGCAUAAACGAAAAAUAGUAUUCAAAUAUUAUUGAAGUUGCGAAGCAAAAUAUAAAAAAGAUGUGGAUAAUUGGAAGGGAGAGAGAAAGGGAGAAAAAGAAGCUCAAUGAUUGAAAAUUCCAAUAUGUAGGGUCUAACAAAACAGGCAAUGUAAUGAAGCAUUAAUAC